AAAAAAAAGUAGAAAAAACUAAAAAUUUAUUUUUAAAAUUAGUAUAAAAUUAUAUCCACAGAUGGAAACACUUAUUAUGUACUAAAGUAAAAUAUGGCGAAACUGUCGAGUACAUAGUUAGAAAUUAUCUAAAAGUAAAGAGUUCUUUAUUUCUCAAUAACGCACAUUCUUAAUAAAUACAUAUAAAAAAAUAAGAAUAAAAGAAUAAAAGCUACUUGUUUCAAAUACGAGAUACUUCAAUAAAAAAUUAUUUCGUUAUAAUGUUAUUGAAAAUAAAGCAAUAGGUUAGUGAAAUGAAUUUAAUAUAUGUAAAAUAAUACAAUUUUGAAAUAAAAAUAUUGUAUGUAUUAAUAUAUAAUUUAACAAAUUUAUUACAUAUUGUACAUUUAUAAAGUAAUUUAUAUGUUUUGAGAAUAAGAUUAUGAAAUGUUAAAUAAUUAUUUCGUAAUGUGCUUUGUGAAAUUUGAAUAACGUAAUAAAUCAAUAUGUCUAAAAACUGAAUAUUUCUUAUGAUUAAGAAAAAAUACAAAGAUCAUGAAACAAGAGGAACAUGUCUGUAAAUAUAUAAAUUUUUGAAUUGAAAAAACGAACAAUUGCAUCAAGAACAAUGACCAACAAAAAGGGAAAUAUUUCUGAAAAAUCACGGGAGGAAAUAAAAGCAGAACGUGAAGCAAAAAAAGCAGCUAAAGCACAUGCUAAAGCAAAAGCCAAAUCUAGUAAAAUAUUAGAAGAUGUCUCAAAUGAUAAAUCUGCUUCUCUGAAUAAUAUUAAGAAUAAAAACAGCAAUGAGACAUCAAAAACUACAACUAAUGAAAAUAUUGAAUCUGCUGAAGUGUUAGUAGUCAAUAAAACUACAAAUAUAUAUGAAAAAAGUUCAAUAUCAGAAACAAGUAAUGAAGGAAAGAGCAAAGCAGAAUUACGUGCUGAAAGGAGAGCAAAGCAAGAAGCACAAAGAGCAGCCAAGCAACAAAUUUUAUUAGAAAAAAAUAAAGUUAAGAGUAAAGAACAGAAUAAUAAUGAUAAAUCUGUAAUAACAGAAACAGUUAAAAAAAUAGUAAUGCCUAUAAAAACAAUUGAAAAAUGUAAUACACAUGAAAUAAAUCUUUUCAAACAUCUAUAUCACGAAAGAGAACAGGCUAUUGUAAAUGUUCCUUUUGUCAAUUCAAAUAUACAUCCAGCAAUAAUUAGAUUAGGUACACAAUAUGCAAACAAAAUAAUUGUUGGUAGCAAUGCAAGAUGUGUUGCACUUUUAGCUGCUGUUAAGCAACUUAUUUAUGAUUUUGAAAGACCACCGCAAGCUGAUUUUAUUAGAAGUCUUGAAGCAAAUUUACAAGAAUCUGUAGCUUACUUACAUUAUUGUAGGCCAUUAGCUGUGUCAAUGCAAAAUGCAAUGAGACAUUUAAAAUGGCAAAUGACACAAUUUCCUUCUUCAUUGUCUGAUGUAAAUGCGAAAAACAAAUUAAGUACUGCAAUAGAUACUUAUAUUCGAGAACAAAUAGAGCUAGCUGACAAGGCAAUAUCAAUAACUAUUCAAACUAAAAUAUCUAAUGGAGAUAUUAUUUUAACUUAUGCCUAUUCAUCUUUAAUACAUAAAAUAUUGUUAGAUGCACAUACUGCAGGUAAACAAUUUCGUGUUAUUGUUGUGGAUGGAAGACCAUGGCUGGAAGGAAAGGAACAACUUAGACGUUUAUCAAGACAUGGAAUUGAAUGUUCUUAUAUUUUAAUUAAUGCUUUAAGUUAUGUAAUGUCUGAAGUAAGCAAAGUAUUCCUUGGUGCACAUGCAAUUCUAGCAAAUGGUGCAGUAAUGUCAAGAGUUGGAACUGCUCAAGUUGCCUUGAUGGCAAGAGCUUUUAAUAUUCCAGUCUUAGUAGCUUGUGAGACUCACAAAUCUUGUGAACGUGUACAAACAGAUUCUAUUGUUUAUAACGAAUUAGGAAAUGCAGAUGAGCUUGCACAAGAUUAUAAAAACGGUAUGCAAAAAUCAUUAUUAUCGAACUGGAAAACAAAAAAAUCAUUAAAUCUUUUAAAUAUCAUGUACGAUGUUACACCAGCCGAUUUAGUAACGGCAGUUGUUACAGAAUUAGCUAUUUUACCAUGCACUAGUGUUCCUGUGAUUUUACGUAUUAAACCAUCAGAAAUUUAAAUUUCAUUAAAAAUUAUUUUUGUUGUUUUAAUAUUUGAUAUAGCAUUCAAAAAACAGUAUAAAAUAGUAUAAAAUAUCAA